AUGGCUAAAUUUAUCCCCACACUAUGUCUGGUGCCGUGGUUGAUGACGGUAGUGCUUCUUUUGAUGAUCGGGUUCGGGGUGCGAACUGCAACCGCUCGCCGUCAUCCGCUGCUUAUCGAGGAUGAAGGGACCCGUCGUAACCGGCCAGCAGAGUGUCAAUUUGGAAAGACCAUACGUGAACUGCAUUCGACCUGGUUUGCGGAUCUGGGGCCACCGUUUGGAGUGAUGUAUUGCAUCAUGUGCGAAUGUGUACCGUUUCCCAAAAAGCGCCGUGUUGUUGGCCGUGUUCAGUGCCGCAACAUCAAGAACGAGUGUCCGAAGGUGACCUGCGAGGAUCCAGUACUCUUUCCAGGAAGAUGUUGCAAGGCCUGUCCGGGAGAUACGCAAAGUCCUGACAUACCGCAAGAUCUUCCCCAGGCGACGAUGCCGGAAGAAGAGGAACGUAGCAAACAUUUCGCCGCCCUGCUAACCGGUCGCACGUCGUCGUUUCUACGUCAGGACGAAGAAGACGCCCAGUAUAGUACGUCCAAUCCUCAGAACGUGAUCGCGACCGGUCGUUUUUCGUUCCACAAGAAAAACCUGUACUACAGCUUCUAUGUGUCGCCACGUGCGAGUCGUCCUCGCUCGAUUCAGUUCGUGCACGCCAACGGAAACAUCCUUGAGGAGCAUACAUUAGCGAUUGCAACGGAUGCCGCUCGUUUCAGCGUGUACCAAAACGCAACGGGGAAGGUGUGCGGCGUGUGGCGCCGUGUGCCACGCGAGUAUCGCCGUUUGCUGCGCGAUGAGUUAGUGAGCGUGGUUUUGCUGUGGGGCAGCAAGAACCAGGCCGAGUUGGCGAUCGGCGGGCUCAUAGCACGCUAUCCUGCCCUUGCGCAUGAACUAUUUAGCUCACUCCUUGAGCCGGCUACCACUGAUAUUGCACCCAAUAGUGACCCGAAAAUGGGUGGAGCGGGUGGUACCGCGAUUGUUUCGACGAGCAGUGGCGUCACCUCAUCGAUCCACUUGACGCUCGUGCUUAAUGGGUUAUUUGCGCCAGAUGAAAUUAGCGACGUGCCAUUACUGGUGCGGCUUGAGACGGCCGAUCGACGCCAGCUGAUCCUGGAGGAUGUGCAGCGCAUCCGGAAGCCAUCACAUGAGCUGAACGUGCUCGAGUUAUCGUCACCAGUGUCAAUAAAUGAUCUGCGCCUUCUAACUCGUGGCAAACUGGUGCUAACCGUUGAAUCAAAGCGCAACCCCGAUGCAUUGCGUCUGCACGGCGCGGUACGAGCACGCGUUGCCUGUGAAAUCUUCCAGACCCUGCUCACUCCCGCUGGGGUGGAGUCAACCGCAGCCGACGCCGCCGGAAUGGCUUGGAUGUACCUAAACCGUGAAGGGACACUAGUGUACCAGGUUCAAACACAUGCCAUUACCGGUGGCAGCUUCGCUGAGCCCAUUAUCACACUUCUUGAUGAUAGUGCGAAGCGCAAGCCGGAAGUUGAAACGCUGACUGUACACCAUCGGCACCAGCACCACACUGAGGGACAAGGGGCUGCCACGGAAUUAAUCGUCAGUGGCACCGUCGAAAGGAUGGGACCACGGCUGCUCGAGCCGCUGUACGCCGCCGAGUUGGCGGUCAGCGUGGCUGCUAGCGACCAGAAUCUCACGAUGUUACAUGGUAAAUUCGUGAUACGUCACGUGGCGGAUGCACGGGAUGCAGGUGCUCCAGUACUGUUGCUUCGACCGAGCGGAGCCAUCUCUGCGGAACCAACCAGCCUUGGAGGGCAUGCGCUUGGCAUGGCGUGGCUGGCUGUGGAUAACGAGUGCAACCUUCACUACGACCUCUCACUGGUGGGCGUACCGAGCUCAAUGCAUCCAUUGUCACUAUUCAUCGAGGAACUUCCGCUAGAAGCUCCAAAUGCUCCAGUCCACCGACGAUUGCUACAAGAGUUUAGCGGUAACCAUCUGGAAGGAUUCGCCCUUGAGCUGCCGACCCGAGAACUCGCCAAGCUCGAAACGAGCGUAAUUUACCUAGAAGUUCGCUCGAACGCUACUCGCGAGUCAUUGCUUCGAUCAAAAGUCCGCUCGGUGACGCGCGUGCCGCAUCACUGCAGUACAGGCGUUUCCAUUGCGAGCACUGGCGGCCAGGAUAAUGAGGUUCAGCAGCAUCACUAUCCGUUUCUCGCAAACGAUCUUCCUACGGGACUAGUAAGCGUUGAAAGCUCCAAAUGUUUCCACGCUAACCGCUUCUACGAUGAAGGUGUGACGUGGCGUAGUGCACUCGAGACGUGCACUAUGUGCUCGUGCGAUCACCGGCAAGUAAAAUGCGAAGCAAUUCGUUGCCCGCCGUUACAAUGCCGCAACGAAGACAUCGUGCAGCAACACGGCGACUGCUGCCCGACAUGCAACACAUCUAAAUACGCAGGGCAGCCAAGCAACACCGAUUCCGCGGUGGAUGUAGUUCUAGGACCGAGUGCUACCGAGCGUGGUUGCAACCUCGGCGACGAGUUUCACACAGCCGGCUCUACGUGGCACCCGUAUCUGCACCCGAGUGGCUUCGAAGUCUGCACCAUCUGCAGUUGCGACCUGUUCACGCUGCAAGUCAAGUGUUCUCGGGCUCACUGCCAACCGCUCACUUGUAGCGAAAAGGUAGCCUACCGGCCCGACAAGAAAGCUUGCUGCAAGGUUUGCCCCCAGGUGAAGGAGCCAAAGGCUUCGAAAAAGGGCCUACCGAAUAAUCGGGAGAGCAACAAGGAUGAGCCGCAGGAUGAGGCAGGAAGUAUGAUUGGCACGCUGCGAUCGGUGCAAACCAUUCUUGCCGCCGGUGGCUGUCGCUACGACGAAAACAUCUACGAAAACGGGCAAGAGUACCACCCUAUACUGGCUACUCAUGGUGAGGAAAAAUGUAUCAAAUGCCGUUGCAAGGACGGAAAACUCAACUGUAACCGUAAACGGUGCAGCCAGGCCAAGUGUCAUCGACAGUUUGCGAAGCGCCUUAGCCAACAACAACAAUCAUUAGACGAGUGCUGUCCUUGUCGACCAGCACGUCAUCAGCGGAAACGACAGCAACAGCAGCAACAUCAUUAGCUCAUUGUUGGCUGUUGAAAGAUGAACGGAUCUACUUUGUGUCCAAGAUGGAGAGGCGGACUCUUCUGUGCCAUAGCUUUCGUCGAGCCCCACUCUUUGCUGGUUAACUCUCUUCACCUGUUCUAUUCUAACAUUCAUACGAAGCUAUUCAUCCAUUUUCCGAAACAUAUCGUCAAUGGAAAGGGAGUUGAAGAAACUCAAGUUUCCUUAUUCGCUAACUCUUUCUCAUCACACGGUUUCCAAGAAGAUAUUUCUUGAGUUCUAGAAACUUUUUCAGUUUUCAUUCAGAAGUUUGCAGGGAAUAGACACUCCCAUAAUGUUUCUGUGGCAUUCUGUGUCACUUUACUUCUUUUGUUAUUUUUAUAUAUCCUAUAUUAGUGGAACCGCGAUACGAGCUUUGAAUUCGUGGCAUGUUUAUUGGUAACCAUUGCCUCUGUCAAUGUAUAUUGUUUCCCGUUUUACCGCUUGGUGAGGGAGGUCCUUCUCUGAACUCAAUGUAGUGACAAUCCUUUUCACUUAAUAUGCUGCUAUAUCACACAGACAGUGCAUCCAAUAUUUAAAAUGAAAACUCAGUUAGUUUAGAUACGGCUUAAAGGUUAAAGGCAGAUGUAAAACGUACUUCAAUGAAAAGCAUAAAUUCAAGAUAAUUUGAAAAGUAAAUUCCAGUUAGAUAUAUCUGCUGUUGAAAUCCAUCCUUGUUACAAAGGUAUCGCGAUUUUUCCAUUUUGCAACCUUCAAAAUUCGCACACCUAACUCUGCGUGGUGUUGGGUUAAGAUUUUGAAAAAGGGUAAAGACGGAAGAAAACACAUAAAAGCAGCAGAACCUUAAGAGAAGUAAACAAACUGGCCCUGUUUUUUGGUAUUAUCUUGGGAUAGUUAAAUAAAAAGAAAGAACGAGAGAAAGAAAGAGAGCAAGAAAGCAGAUUUUGAAGGUUAAAAGUGGAAGUGGAAUGGUAUUAAAGAAGAACUAUUUAUGUAUAUUUUUAAUUACAACAAUGAUACUUACAACAUGUUUGUGUAUACCUAUUAUAGGUAUAUCAUAUUCUAGGUAUGGUCUUACUGUACAUGCAAGCUUAUAGGCUUGAUUUUUUUCUAAUCUAUACUAACUAGCCUAUAAAACAUAGCGUAAGGACAAAUAUUUAUUUUGAACGCAAAUGAAUGAAAGUGAAAACACACAAAAUGAUCCAAAAAUGGCUUAACUUUGGAAUGCUAACCCCUGUUUUGUGACGUGGUAAAUACCGAGGACACUGCGGUGCCAUCAAAUCAAUUCCUGCUACGUUGUUAGAAUUUGUGUGCUAAAAGUUAAUGCGAGGGGUAAUUUAAAGAAAUCCAUGUUUUGGUAUUUGUAGAAAUGUAUGCUACUCUAAAACAAAUUUUUCGCAUAUUCGCAUUUAUUUAACACGAGCUUUUCGUUUUCUAGAGAAAACGUGAUAGAUACAUAGAUCGAUAGAGUAAACAACAAUGAUAUAAGACAAAAGAACGAGAAAUAGUGAUAAAAAUGACGAAAUGGAAGAACAAAAUAAGCACAGUGGAAAGGAAUAAAAGCACUGUCGUUGCAAAGGCAUUCAAUUAAUUUGUUGUGUUCUCUAUGUGGUUUUGCGAUCCAGGUUAACGGAACCGUCGCACUGUGAACUUCUAUUCAAAGGGUUGAGCAUGUUAGAACCCUACAAACAAGUAAGCCUGAUGAACGCUGGCAGUGAAGAAAAUGCCUCUGCGUCAUGCAUCUCGCAUGAUGCACAUUUCAAAAGAUAGUUUGAUCAAUAAUUUGUGAACAUAGAUUUAAUAAAUACGGCCAAGGUCGUUCCUUAAUAUCACAAACAUGUUUAUGUUAGAACCGAACCGAAUAGGCCAUAUCCACGUAGAAGAUGAAAACGAUCUAAGAAUAUCAAGAACUGGAACACAGGAAAACCCUUUCCACGAGUUUGUUUGUCGGCAUAGCUUAUAGGCUAUACUGUUCAUGUAGCAAUAGCAACAGCUCCCUUCCUUGAUCAUUACCUUUGACCCCGUUUUUAUUUUCUUUCAACGUUGUUUAAGAGCAUACCCUAUCAGUAUGAUAAAAUCAAUUUAAAUCAUGCUGAUAGCCGUAUGAUUUGGUAGGCGAAAAAUUUGGUUUGGUGGAAAACAAAACUCACGAU